GCAACAUGGCAGCAGCCAUGGAAACUGAACAGCCGGGCCUUGAAAUCUUCGAAACUGCAGGUUGUGAGGAGCAGGUGCAGAGAGAGGAGCAGCCCAAACUGGAACCUUUCUAUGUGGAGAGGCACUCAUGGAGCCAGCUUCGGAAACUGCUCACCGACACGCGCAAGUACCAUGGCUACAUGAUGGCAAAAGCUCCUCAUGACUUCACGUUCGUGAAGAAAAAUGACCCUGAUGGACCUCAUUCGGAUAGAAUCUACUAUCUGGCAAUGUCUGGGGAGAACAGGGAGAACACGCUCUUCUACUCUGAAAUUCCCAAAACCAUAAACAAAGCUGCCAUCCUGCUGCUUUCCUGGAAACCUCUUUUGGAUCUUUUUCCGGCCGUCCUGGACUAUGGGAUGUACUCCCGAGAGGAGGAAUUGCUGCGGGAGCGGAAGCGGAUCGGCACCGUCGGGAUUGCCUCUUAUGAUUACCACCGAGAAAGCGGGACCUUUCUCUUCCAGGCUGGGAGUGGAAUUUAUCAUGUAAAAGAUGGAGGCCCUCAUGGAUUUACUCAACAGCCCUUAAGACCCAUUCUGGUGGAGACCAGUUGUCCAAACAUCCGGAUGGAUCCCAAGCUCUGUCCAGCUGAUCCAAAUUGGGUUGCGUUUAUCCAUAGUAAUGACAUCUGGGUAUCUAAUAUAGAAACUAGAGAAGAAAGGAGGCUAACGUUUGUGCAUAAUGAAUUGGCCAAUGUGGAGGAGGACCCCAAAUCUGCUGGUGUGGCUACUUUUGUGCUGCAGGAGGAGUUUGACAGAUACACUGGCUACUGGUGGAGCCCGAAGGCACAGCCAGCACUGAAUGGGGGCAAAGUUCUUCAAAUUCUAUAUGAAGAAAAUGAUGAGUCAGAGGUGGAAAUUAUUCAUGUCACAUCGCCCAUGUUGGAAACAAGAAGAACAGAUUCCUUUCGGUACCCCAAAACUGGUACAGCAAAUCCAAAGGUCACUUUCAAGAUAUCCGAAGUGACAAUCAACGCAGAGGGAAGAAUUGCAGGUGUUGUGGACAAAGAGCUAGUUCAGCCCUUCGAGAUCCUCUUUGAAGGAGUAGAGUACAUUGCUAGAGCUGGGUGGACGCCAGAAGGAAAAUACAUCUGGUCCAUCCUACUGGAUCGCUCCCAAACACGACUUCAGAUAGUCUUGAUCCCUCCUGCAUUAUUCAUCCCUAUAGAAGAUGAUGCAAUGGAAAGACAGAAACUUAUCGAUGCUGUACCAGAUUCUGUUACACCUUUCAUUAUUUAUGAAGAAACAACAGACAUCUGGAUAAAUAUCCAUGAUAUAUUCCAUGUUUUCCCUCAAGCCCGUGAAGAUGAGAUAGAGUUCAUUUUUGCCUCGGAGUGCAAGACGGGAUUCCGGCACCUCUACAAAAUCACCUCAGUUUUGAAGGAGAGCAAGUAUAAACGGUCAUGUGGAGGCCUCCCUGCUCCAAGUGACUUCAAAUGCCCCAUCAAAGAGGAGGUGGCGCUUACCAGUGGGGAAUGGGAAGUGCUUGGCAGACAUGGGUCCAACAUCUAUGUAGAUGAAGCCAAAAAACUGGUAUAUUUUCAAGGCACAAAGGACUCACCGUUAGAGCAUCACUUGUACGUCGUUAGCUACGAGCACCCCGGGGAAGCAAAGCGGCUGACGGAACGUGGCUACUCUCAUGCCUGCUGUGUCAGCCAGGACUGUGACAUGUUCAUCAGCAAGUACAGCAAUCAGAAGAAUCCGCACUGUGUGUCGCUCUACCGGCUGACAGGGCCUGAGGAUGAUGCAGCUCACAGAACAAAGGAAUUUUGGGCAACCAUUUUAGAUUCAGCAGGGCCCCUUCCUGAUUACAUCCCCCCAGAGGUGUUCUCCUUCAAGAGCUCCUCGGGGUUCACGCUCUAUGGGAUGAUGUACAAGCCUCACAAUCUGCAGCCCAGAAAGAAGUACCCCACUGUGCUCUUCAUCUACGGAGGGCCCCAGGUACAGCUGGUGAACAAUCGGUUCAAAGGAAUCAAAUAUUUCCGUCUGAACACCCUGGCCUCUUUGGGCUACGUUGUUGUUGUCAUUGACAACCGGGGGUCCUGCCACCGAGGACUUAAGUUUGAAGGAGCCUUUAAAUACAAAAUGGGGCAAAUAGAAAUUGAUGACCAAGUGGAAGGACUGCAGUAUUUAGCAUCCCAAUAUGACUUCAUUGAUUUGGACCGAGUUGGCAUUCAUGGCUGGUCCUAUGGAGGCUACCUCUCUCUUAUGGCUUUAAUGCAGAGGUCAGAUAUCUUCAGGGUUGCCAUUGCUGGAGCACCAGUCACACUGUGGAUUUUCUAUGACACUGGCUACACCGAGCGCUACAUGGGCCACCCGGAUCACAACGAGCAGGGCUAUUACCUAGGAUCCGUGGCCAUGCAAGCCGAGAAGUUUCCUUCCGAACCGAACCGUUUGCUGCUGCUGCAUGGAUUCUUGGAUGAGAAUGUUCACUUUGCACACACUAGUAUUUUGCUCAGCUUUUUAGUGAGAGCUGGGAAACCAUACGACUUACAGAUCUACCCUCAGGAGAGACACAGUAUAAGGGUACCCGAGUCGGGAGAGCACUACGAACUCCAUCUGCUGUAUUACCUGCAAGAGAAUCUGGGCUCUCACAUUGCUGCCCUGAAGGCAAUGUAACCGACCUCUGCGGACUCUUAACCGAGCCGGGGAAAUAGAAAACUAGAGAAAAUAGGAUGGGACGUUGCAUUUUGGUGCCUGCCACAUGUACACACAUGUACACAUACACACGCACGGAAACACUUCUUUUUUAAAGGAAAUUUGGUGCCAUACAGGAAAUUAAAGUACAGUAACCUAAUAACUUUAAAACUUAAAGUGUAAAUAAAAUCAAAUGUCUGUGGU